GAUAUCGGUAUGUAUUGGUUUCCGAUAUAUCGACAUCCCUAAGAAUAAUAUUCUGUGGUUGUCAUUGUCGAACGUCAAUGUCACACGAAGUUGUCAAAUAAAAUUGUCUAUUCCUUUUCCUGUGUAAAUUUGCCCUGAGAGAAGCAAAAUGGGUCGUUACUCUCGGGAACCGGAUAAUCCAGCCAAGUCAUGCAAAGCUCGUGGCUCAAACCUUCGUGUUCACUUUAAGAACACCUAUGAGACUGCGAUGGCCAUCAGGAAGAUGCCUCUGCGCCGAGCAGUCCGAUACCUCAAGAACGUUGUAGAGAAAAAGGAAUGUAUUCCUUUCCGCCGCUUCAAUGGCGGUGUUGGCCGAUGUGCUCAAGCCAAGCAAUUUGGAACAACACAGGGACGCUGGCCUAAGAAAUCUGCAGAGUUCCUUCUGCAGUUAUUAAGAAAUGCAGAAUCAAAUGCAGAUUACAAAGGUCUCGAUGUUGACAGGCUUGUCAUUGAUCAUAUUCAGGUGAAUCGCGCUCCCUGCCUGCGUCGGCGCACAUAUCGCGCGCACGGCCGUAUUAAUCCUUAUAUGUCGUCGCCAUGCCACAUCGAAGUGUGCUUGAGCGAACGAGAGGAUGCUGUCGCAAGGGCAGCCCCCGCUGACGAUGCGCCCGCUAAGAAAAAACUGUCAAAGAAGAAGCUCGCUCGCCAGAAAGAGAAGAUGAUGAGGGAAUAGACUUGUAAGGGUUAAUAAACAACUUUAAAAACAGUUAUAGUAUUUUCUUUUGGUAAUCGGUUCAACCCAAUUCGCAGGAACUAUAACUUUCUAAUGUUGUUUGUGCCUUAAUU